UCAAGUGGUGGAAUUCUAGUUUUCAAAGCAGUCCUUGGUGGGGAAGGGGUGGGUGCAAAGGCCCAUCCUGUAGUUCUGAAUAAUGGCACCUGAGAGGUGUCACACCCUCUGCCAGAGGGGCCCUAGCAACUGGUAGAAUGUGGGUUAUUAUGAGGACAGGGGAUUGUGAUGGUGGCUGGGCUGUGGAAUCUGAUGAGGCCAAAUGUUAGUGCCUCAAAAGAUAUCCUUUGGCCCCAACUGGCAGCACUGUGGUUUUCUGGAUGGCGUCGGAGGACAGGGAGAUGAUGGAAGGUUGGGGGGCAGGAGAAAGCUGCCCAAACUUCCCCAAGAUGGUGCCUGAUGAUCCCAUGUCGGAAGGGAAGGCAAGGGUCUCUUUGCCUCAGGAGGCAGAGUCCCCGAAGCCCGACUCCUCCUACGACUACCUGGAGGAGCUAGAAACUUGUGAGGACGGAGGCUGCCCAGGGCCGCCUAAGUCACUGUCCUCCAAGGCCGGCCCCGCCACCACCAAGGGACAGGCAGGAGAUGGACCUGAACUCGCGGAGCUGCUCCCGGCCCCAGGCACGGCGGCGGCCCCAGGGACCCCAGGGCCCGAGAGCAACGCUGAAAUGGAGCUGGAGAAGAUGCGCAUGGAGUUCGAGCUCACGCGGCUCAAGUACGUGCACGAGGAGAACGAGCGCCAGCGGCAGCACGAGGAGGUGAUGGAGCAGCUGCAGCAGCAGGGGGCGCCCCGCCUGUUCUCGGGAGGCUUCCAGGACCUCCUGCUCCCCAAGAACCAGUUCGCCAUGUUCCUGUACUGCUUCAUCUUCAUACACAUCAUCUAUGUCACCAAGGAGAUGGUCUUCUUCCUCUUCUCCAAGCACUACCUGUUCUGCAUCGCGGCCAUUUUGCUCUGUUUGAUUAAAACUUUAUGGUCAUACUUCCAAGUGCCUCUGCUCUCUCUGUCACUGGGACCCUCCUCCCCCCACAUAUGCAUCCUUCCCAUCAGGGCUUGCUGUUAGAAAAGUUUUGAUGUCAACCACUUACACCUCAGUGUGAAGAAACAUGUUCAAGCCUUGAACUGAGCCUGAGUUCUUUCUAUGGAUCAAGAUGCUCUACUCCCCGAGAGGAGGGCUUUAGAUGGUAGCAAGUUAGGGAGGUAUCUGUGGGGAGAAGGGAUUUAGAAAGCGCUUCCAGAAUCAUGGAAGUCACACCAUGACUGGGCUGGCUUGGGAUACACCAC